CCACGGGCCGGGAUGCGCGACGGGACACGGGACGGGGCGGGCCGCAGCGGUGCUGGGUCAGGGGCGCGCGGGGGUCCCACGGGAGAAGUGGCACUGGAGGUGUCGGGCAGCCUCCGGCGGAAGGCGGCGCCGGGCACGGCCCCGUCGGAGCUGCAGGAGCUGCGGAGCCGCACGGAGCGCGCGGAGCGGCGGCUGCUGGCCUGCGAGAACCUGGUCGGGGAGCUGGGCAGCGGCCUGGCCGCCCUGAGCACCCUCCUGCAGGGCUACGGGCAGCUGCAGCAGCGCCUGCUCAACCUGGAGAACCUCCUCAAGAACAGGAACUUCUGGAUCCUGCGCCUGCCCCCCGCCUCUGGAGGGGAGAUCCCCAAGGUGCCGCUCACCUUCGAUGAUAUCUCGGUGUAUUUCAAUGAGCUGGAGUGGGAGAGGCUGGAGCGCUGGCAGAAGGAUCUGUACAGGGCCGUGAUGAGGGGCAACUAUGAGACCUUGGUGUCCCUGGACUACGCCGUGUCCAAGCCCGACAUCCUGUCCCAGAUGGAGAGGGAUGAAGAGCUCAGUGACAGAGAGGGUCAGGAGCCCCCGUGGACACAGACUGGGGACGGUCAGGAGCCCCUCCGGGCAGCAGAAGAGAGGGACAAGGCAGACGAGGCUGGAGGAGAUGUGAUCCCCAUGGAAGCUGCCCCAGACGGUGCCAAGUCCAAGCCCAGCGGCCGGACCUGCCUCAAGAGGGAUGAAGAGCCCAGCAACAAAAAGGGUCCCGAGCCCUCAUGGACACAGAAUGGGGACAGCCAGAAAACCCCACAGAUACAGACUGGGGACAACCAGGAACCCCCAGAGACACAGACUGGGAACAGCCCGAAAUCCCCACGGACACGGAGUGGGAACAGCCAGAAAACCCCACAGAUACAGACUGGGGACAGCCCAAAAUCCUCAUGGACACGGAGCGGGAACAGCCAGAAAACCCUACAGACACAGAAUGGGGACAGCCAGAACCCCCCACAGACACAGACGGGGGACAGCCCAAAAUCCUCAUGGACACGAAGUGGGAACAGCCAGAAAACCCUACAGACACAGAAUGGGGACAGCCCAGAGUCCCCAUGGACACGGAGUGGGAACAGCCCAAAGUGCCCAUGGGCACAGAGUGGGAACAGCCAAAAGUGCCCAUGGACACGGAGUGGGAACAGCCAGAAAACCCCACAAAUACAGACUGGGGACAGCCAGAACCCCCCACAGACAGUGACUGGGGACAGCCCAAAAUCCUCAUGGACACGAAGUGGGAACAGCCAGAAAACCCUACAGACACAGACUGGGGACAGCCCAGAGUCCCCAUGGACACGGAGUGGGAACAGCCCAAAGUCCCCAAGGACACAGAAUGGGAACAGCCCAAAGUCCCCAAGGACACAGAGUGGGAACAGCCCAAAACCCCCACAGACACAGACUGGGAACAGCCCCAAGUCCCCAGAGGCAGACAAAGGGGACAGCCAAACACUGCCUGAGACACAGACUGGGGACAGUCAGAAGCCCCUCCAGACAGGUGUCCCCAACAAUCAGAAGCCCCCACAGACACCAGGAGAGAUGGAGCAGCAGGAAGAGGCUUCGGGAGAGGAUGCCAUGCCCAUGGCAGCUGGCCCAGAGGUCCCCAUCCUGAUGAUGAACGUCAUGUCCCUGGGGGAGCAUCAGCUGGGAACAGUGGCUGAGGAGGAGGUGGAGAUGGAGGAGGACCCGGGAGAGCCUGACACUGAGGAAGCCUUAUCCAUGGAAGAUGAAACACUGUGUGAAGGGGCUUCUCUUGAGGACAUCAAGGUGAAGGAAGAGGAGCCUGAGCUGCUGGCAGAGGAAUCCACACCCUCUCCCGACUCAGAGAUCCAGAAGUGUCCCAAAAAUGAGCUGGUGAAAGCCAAGAUCAAGAAAAAGCCGAACCGGUGCGAGGCCAGCAACCUCCUGAUGGGCAACUGCCGGCGCGGGUACGUGCGGGAAUGGUCCCAUCCCUGCACGGAGUGCGGGAAGCGCUUCCGCCUCAAGAUCAACCUCAUCAUCCACCAGCGCAGCCACGCCAAGGAGGGGCCCUACGAGUGCCCCGUGUGCGAGAUCGGCUUCAGCACCAAACGGCACCUGGACCUUCACCGCAGCAUCCACGUCAAGGACAGAGCCUUCGGGGCCAAGGUCUGGGGCAACGUCCACCCCGAGCUGCGCAUCCGCCCGCGCAGGGACCUGUGCGGCGACGGCCACCGGCUGGGCGGCGGCGGCCACGCCGGGGGGACCUGGCUGGGCCAGCCCAAGGAGGAGCCGGACAGAGAGGGCCUGUCUGGCACAGGGAUCGUGCAGCCGCCCAAUUCCAGGCAGAAGUGCCCCCACUGCAAGAAGUUCCUGGCCUGGUCCACGUCGAUGCGGCGGCACCUCCAGACCCACAAGCGGGACCGGCCCUACUGCUGCAGCUCCUGCAAUAAGUGCUUCACCCGCAGCACUCACCUCCUGCGCCACAAGAAGAUCCACGAGAGGGCUCUGGCCGCACUCCAGCAGAAGGCCAAGGCCCAGCACCCUGCUGCUAUCCCGGCAUCCUUGCAGCACCAAGCUCCCGACUCCGAGAGGAGCCCUUCCCAAGAGAAUGGGAGCCCUGAGGCUGCAAAAGCGAGCCUGCCCAGUGUGCUGCUGUUGGAGGCGGCGCCAGUGGGGCUCCCAGACAAAGGCUCCCCACUCCCUGACUGCAUCAGGAAAGCUGUGCAGCCCGUGGUCCAGCUGGGAUCCAGGGCAGUGGUUUCGGAGAUGACAGAGAAAUGACGGAUGACAGACCCCGGGACAGAUCUGAGCCGUGCGUGUCCCUGGAAGGAAGCUGUUUGUUGGGUUUGCACCUGGUGGGACACCAAGAAUGGGAAUCUGCUGUGUUUUAGGAGCUUCCCGGGUUGUAGAAAGAAUGGGAAGCUUGGUGAACGCAAUAGAGAGCAAAUUGCAGAAGCCUCCAGUGAUCCAUAAUGCUUCACCAUUCCACUGACUUGUUCCUGUUGGCUGAUACUUGGAAUUUUCCCAAGCUGACAUUCCUGGGAGAUGACCAGGUGAAUCCUGGUCAUACAGGAGCAGAGCUUUCGCAUUCCUUGAUGUUGGAGCUGACUCCUUGCAUUCAGAAACACAACUGAAGAGGGCAGAGAGAAGGGAAUGGAGCUGGCAGCAUUCCCAUGCAGCCCUUUGCUCCAUGGAACAAGCAUCCUGACUGAGACACCAGAUGGUGAGUGACAUCUCUGAGACCCCACCGUGUCCUGGCCACCCUUGCCACCCCCACCCUGGGGAGGAGAUCCGCCAACAGCCCCUUCAGCAGGCUGGGAACACUGGAGCUUUGCACUGGAAGAUCCAUAGGACAAACCAAACCCCAAUAUUCUGUGCUGGCAUAUUCCGGGGAUCCCGGCAGGUCCGUGAGGAAGGCCACAGGCACUCUCAGGACUAUCCUGCACAGGUGCAGAAUGAUUUUUGGAAUACUUGACGGGUCAGCCAGCCCCAUGCUGCAGCAGCACCCCAAUCCUUGUGGAUCCGCCUGCACGGAGCAUCCCCUCAGCUCUAGAGAAAACUCCCACUCUCCCAACCACAGCUCGUCCCCUUUUGCCCAAAAUCCCACCAUAAUGAAUCCUAUGGGAAAACAGUUCUGCAGCUACCUCAGUCAGGGAGAGGGGACCUGCCCAGAGGCAGCCAGUGGAAGCCAGGCCUGGCGCUGCCCCAGUGUCCCCUGGAGCCACCAGAGCAGUGUCCUUGGCCAGAGCCCCACGUGCCUUCCACAUGCUGGCUGUGCACAGGGAGAACCUCCCGCCCGGAGCCAGCGCCACAUGGACACGGUGGAGCAGCUGUUGGGACUCUUGCAUUUAGUUUUCCUUUUUUUUUUUUUCGGUUUGAGUUGUUUGAGGUAAUUAUUUGAUAUCCUGAGAUCUCUGUUCCUCUCUGAGCAGUGAGCACUGGUAGGCCUUUCCCAUCUUUCAUUCCAAGUCACUCCCAAGGUGUGUUGGUGCUGCUGUAGGAAGCUUUGGGAGCUGAGGGAAUGCCUGUGCCACAUCCAGGUAUGACCCUCAGCCACCUCCUGCUCCAUGGGAUGGACAGCAGCAUCUGAGCUGCUCCACAGGAAUACACACGACAUCCCACUGCUCCUCCGGGCUGGUGUCUCACACUUCCUGCCCCUGGGAUUGCAGUGUGGAGCAUUCCCAGCCUGCAGCAGGAGCCAGGCAGACACAUGGCCAUGGAUCUGGCAGUGAGCCAGUGGCUGGUUAUCCCUGUUAUCCCUGCCCAGGUAGAGAUGCCAGUGCUCCCCAGUCCAUCCUAGGGGCAUGGCUGAGCUGGUGUGCCAGUGCUGAAGGCCAGCAGGAGGGCGAGCAGCCCCAGCCUGGCAUUUCUAAAUCUGCUGUAACCAGGAGCAGCAUUUCCUGCGACAUUCCCGAUCCCUUUCUCAGGCUGUGGAAUCAAUAAAGUAUUUGUCUCUA